AUGAGUGACCCUCCAAGUUAUGAUCAAGAUCUACUGAAUCGACUUAAUGCUUUGAAGAAAACCAAUAUUCAGCUCGAUGCAUCUACCCGCACACCAUUAAAUGUUCUUGCAAAGGAGUCAACACCUGAAACAGACCUAUCCCAAAGACUUCGAAGUCUACGAAACGGCACCCCAUCAAAAUCAUGUACUCCUAAAGCUCCCGUGCCCGUUAGCACCACAUCGCCUCCACGGCAAUCCAGUUUCUACAAUGAAACCGUCGCGCUUGAUGCCACUCCUCCGUUCUCAAAUGAUGCCCACGAUGACAAAUCUUUGGAUGAACUCCUAGCAGAAAUAGGCUCCGGAUCUGAGUGGCUAGACCCCGAUGACCCAAAUGAUAUUCAAAAGCUCCUUGAUGAAGCCAAGAAGGCUUUACCCAGUGGCGAUGACGUCGCUGCAGAAGAAACAGCAUCAUCAAAAGAGGCUUCAGAGGAGAACACUCGGAAAGGUAAUAUUUUGAUAACUGGUCUAGAUAUGUCGGUAUUUGCCCUAGACGAUGAGGGACAUGAAGCUCCUCGUAGUCAUCAAAUCGAGGGUUUGGAGACCGAAUCACGUGAAGUGCAGGAUAUUGUUGCGAGAUUGUUGGAUGAGGUUAAUUUCGAGAGAGGAGAUGAGGAUGAAGCUCAAGAAAAGCAGGAUCGGGGGGAGAGAGCUUAUGAUUUGGAAAAGGAUAAGGAUGAGGAUAGGAAGCUCUCAUCGUUUCCAACAUAUCAGCGAAAUGAUGAUGAAGAACCAACCUUCACACUUCCCUCCGCACCAUCCACACUCCCAGAACCGAGUCGGAAAUCUCUUGAUUUCGAAGAAGAUAUCACGGCAAGGUUAGCUGCACUUAAAGGUCUUUCUAGCUCCACUACUAGCGAUCCCCUCAAUUUACCUUCCGCACCAACCACUAAACCCGUCGAGAAACUAGCAAAGUCCUCGAAAGGAGCAUCGGAAUCGAAAGGAAACUUAAAGGAAUACACAGAUGAGGAAAUGGAUACGUGGUGUAUUAUUUGUCAGGAUGAUGCGACGGUGCAAUGUGGAGGGUGCGAGGGAGAUUUGUACUGUGCGAGGUGUUGGAAGGAGGGACAUAUGGGGGUUGAUGCGGGAUGGGAGUUUAAGAGACAUCAGUGGAGGAAAUGGGAGAGGGUUGGAAAUGGAAGCAAGUGGAUGAUUAUUUCGAGUAUGGGAGGUUUAUGA